CCGCAUUUCGACUAAUAACCGCAACUAAAAUCGCCGUGACAGCGAGGUUCUCUUGCAUGACUUUCUGGUAUCUUCUUUUCUCAUCUUGGACAACGACGAAGACGUGUUUCUAACUGCCGUCGUGAUGCUUCUACGGACUUUCAAAUACCUAUCAGCUUUCACGGAGAGCCAGGCCCGAGGAGCUCACCCAUUCGUAUAAGGAUAAAGUCGUCAAGGUUUAGAAGUCAUCGUGCUCGAACAGCAAGCUCAGCCUUUCGAUUUGCCUUCAUUUCAGCCAUCAUAAUGGCCUUGGACCGCGUAAAUUCUAGUGUGUUAGGCGACGUUGACGUGUCCAAAUCACCUACGCUUCCCGCUGUGUCGUCCUCUGAGGAGGGUAUUUCUUCGUAUGACGAUCGUGAGGGCCUGGACCAGGACCUGGAGAAGCGUUUACUGCGUCGAAUCGACAUACGCAUACUCCCUCUACUUGGAAUACUCUACUCGCUUGCAUUGAUCGACAGAACUAAUCUGGGAGUCGCCCGAAUUGCAGGCAUGGGAGAAGACCUUGGUCUGACCAUAGGCAAUCGUUACAGUAUUGUGUCAUGCCUCUACUUUGUGCCGUAUACGCUUUUAGAACUCCCUAGCAACAUUGCUCUGCGUUCCAUCGGCUCUCGGAACUUACUUACAGCGUGUGUCGUGAGCUGGGGAGCAGUUCAAUUGGCCAUGGCAUUUGUACCCAACUGGAAGUACCUCGCCGCUUGCCGGGUCUUGCUUGGAGUCUUUGAAGCAGGCUUUUUCCCUGCUCUUGUGUUCAUUAUUAGUACCUGGUAUAAACGGCACGAGGUGCAAAAGCGGCUUGCCGCUUUCUACUUAGUCUCAAUACUCGCUGGUGGUUUUAGCGCGAUAUUUGCUUACGCUCUCAGUCUGUUAUCUGGAAUCGCGGGUUUAGCAGGGUGGUCCUGGAUCUUUGUCAUUGAAGGUGGUAUCACUAUUGUCUUCGGAGUCGUUGCGUGGUUCUUCUUACCGGAUUUUCCGGAAAGCAAUUCUUUCCUCACACGCGAAGAAACCGAGAUGGUGCUCAGUCGGAUUGAGGAGGAUCGUGGAGACUCUGUCUCCGAUUCAGUGACGACUGCAAAGGUGUUUGAACACUUGUCAGACUGGAAAGUCUGGAUCUUUGGCCUUAUGUUUUUGUGCGCCACUAUUCCGGCGUAUGCAAUUGGGCUGUUUGUCACAGUUAUCCUCAGUGGAAUGGGGUGGGGUUUAAGAGAUUCUCUGCUUCUAAGCGCUCCUCCUUAUGGAUUUGCGGCAGCGACCGUCUUCGCCUUCGCUUGGUUGUCUGACAGGCACCGUCUCCGAGCUCUCUAUAUGGCUGUUCAGACAGUGAUGACUAUCGCCGGCCUUGUCAUCACGGGAUUUGCCGGUCGGCCCGGACCACGGUAUUUCGGUCUUUUUCUCGCGAACGCCGGGUCUGCAGGGUGCAUCCCUGGAAUUCUGGCCUAUGCUGCCAAUAACGUCGUGUCGCAUUCAAAGAGAGCUGUUUCAACUGCGAUCAUUAUCAGUUUUGGUGGCGCUGGCGGCGUAAUCGCGACAACUAUUUUUCGCCAAAAAGACUUCCCGAGGUACAUUCCUGGUGUCGUUAUCGCAAUUUCUUUUCAAGUGCUACUUCUCGGGCUCUUGGGUAUGACCACAGUGUACUUCAGGAGGCAAAAUAAGGCUAGUCUGGCAAACGGUGGUAUCUCGGGUCGGUUCUUGUACACCCUUUGAAUGUUGAUGUUGUUCUCUAUUUCUAAUCCUAUAUUCCACUGUAGGGUUGAGCAUACUUUUGAUACCAAUGUUUCAGAAAAAGCUUCGCUGCACUCGGCGUACUUAGCAAUGAACAAAGUGUAUCUGUGACGGCAGGAAACUCCAGUCCGCAGGAGUUCAGGAGUACACACUUCGUGCUUCUUUUUCCUAUCUUGGACUUUCCGAGACUGAAUAGUACAAGAGACCUUGAGAUGGAGAUCCAAUCAUCAUGACAGACCUAAGCAUUUGCACUCAGGGUCACCGCUACUGCUUC